ACGUGUCUUCCAAAACGAAUGGGAAACGUCAAGUCGUCCAAUGUUUACAACGCGAAAUGCGUUACUUUUAGGUAACGCCUCGUAACGUGUUUACAAUUUCGCCGAGAACCUCCACCUCCGCACACGAGUGUACUGCGUGUUUACGUUUAGCAAAUCGUUCCCUUCUUGCAGGACACAACCCACCACCACCAGCAUUCCGAGAAGGCAAAUGAAUUUUAACUCCUUCCCAAAUGAGGUGCUGUGUUCCAUAUUCGACUACCUGCCAUGGAAGGAUCGGCAGCGGGUGUCGCUGGUGUGCCGCCGCUGGAACGCCAUCAUCAACUCGGACCACUAUCUGCGCGGCCAAAAGCUGGUGCUGUACAACUACAACAAGGCCAAGUUUUUCUCCGGCGUCGAGGUGGAGCUGCUGAAUCGGCAGAAAAAUAUCGCCUUCUACUCGAACGCCAUGUUCGACACGGAGGAGCUGCUAGACACGAUCGGGCGGUCGUUUAGCGGCGGCAGCGCCAUGGUCCGCUCGCUGUCACUGUUUCUACGGUCGGAGCAUCGGCUGGCCCGGCUGGUGGUGGACAACAUACCGAACUUGCGCCACCUGACCGAGCUGAAGAUAUCCGCCAACGAGGGUCUUACGAAUGGUGUGCUCAUCGACAGUGCGUCCCUGGAGAAGCUAAACAUUUCGUUCUACCAAAGUUCGGUCUGCCAGCUCGUCACGCCACGGCUGCACACGCUGCACCUGACCGUACGCUACCCGAGCGAGAUGGAGCUGAUAGGGACGAUCUCGGCACAGCUGGUCGAGCUGAAGGUGUCGUUCAUCUCGAAGGACCACGUUGCGAAGCUGUUCCGGUGCGACUUUCGCUCGCUCAAGACGCUCAACAUUUCGCUCAAAAAUGACAAAUACAUUGCGUACAGCGUGUCGCCGGUCCAUCUGCGACCGCUCGAGCGGGAGGCCAUUUUCGCGCAAACCAUCGUCGGGCUGGAAACGCUACGCAUCGUCGACAUCUGCAACAUCUUCGACAUUGACUUUUUGAAGAUGUUUGCGUACGCUAAGUCGCUGAAAGCGCUCACCAUCAACUACUUCAAGUUGGUUAGUGAAGUGAGCGAGCUGAUAAACGGGUUUAAGGGACUGGAAUACCUUAAUCUAGAGGGAUGCCAGCGAAUGGACGAUUCCAAGCGGCUACAACUACCCUGUCUGCAGACACUCGUGAUGCCUUACAAGCAGCUCUCCCUGUUUAGUGCCACGCAGCUCGACACGCUUACGACGCUGUACUACAACAACACGACCAAGGAUCAAACACUGUUGAUCAAGAAGAUAGCGGCCACCUUUACCAACCUAUCCUUCCUGUGCCUGCAACACUUCGACAACGAACUCGAUCGGAACGCGUUGCUCCAUCUGAAUCUGCUGACGAAACUGCGCGUCCUGGUCAUCGAGAACAUGUCUGUUUCGAGUUCCGUGUUUGAGAACUGUCCGACGGUGCCGCAGCUACAGCGCCUGGUAACGGACACGAUUGUGUCGGAGGUCUCCAUGCUAGAUAUGAUACCGGCCAGAUUCCCCUCGCUGCAAACGCUCGUCAUCAGCAACUGCUUCCUGUAUCUGAUACUCGAGGAUAGCGGGAAACACUACACAACGUUCGACGAGUUGCGCCGCCAGAUGCCCUGCUGUCGCAUAUCGACCAAAGACUCGACCAUUUUCACCAAUACCGCUAAGCAAAGCUGAAGAAAAUGGGUAGCGAGAGAGAGAGGGAACCGGAGUUGGAGUGUAAGAAUCUAUUUAAUUCAUCAUUCAGGAGAAAAGGAUAAGAGGAGUACGUGAUAUUGUAGCGUGUAAGCAAGGUGUUGUGAUUUGUGUGCACACAACGCCAGUCAGGGAAUCGUCUUUGCAGCCAAACGUGUGCAGAUGUGGAUAUGUAUGCGUUUCUGUGUGUGCGCGUGUGCGUAUGUAUGUAAUAUAUUUUACUGGGAUUUUUCAACUAAUUGCAAACUAAACGAAGAAGCGUGUGCAUAAGAAA